AUGCUGAGAUUCAUUUUAGUUCAAAACAGACAAGGCAAAACUAGAUUAUCAAAGUGGUACGUCCCGGUAGAAGAUGAGGACAAAAUUAAGCUACGCGGCGAGGUUCACAGACUGGUCGCCCCUCGUGAUCAAAAACAUCAAAGUAACUUUGUCGAAUUCAGGAAUUACAAAGUCGUUUACAGGCGAUACGCUGGUCUCUUCUUCUGUGUUUGCGUAGAUGCAAAUGACAAUGAGCUCGCUUACUUGGAAAUCAUUCACCUCUUUGUUGAGGUUUUAGAUGCUUUCUUUUCAAACGUCUGUGAACUGGAUCUAGUUUUUAAUUUUUACAAGGUGUAUGCAAUCCUUGAUGAAGUCUUUCUAGCUGGUGAAAUUGAAGAGACUUCAAAGCAGGUCAUUUUAAACAGACUCGAGUAUUUAGAAAGAUUAGAGUAG